AUGGAAGGCCCCGACUACAACGGUGGUCCUCCACAUGGGCGCGGAGCGCACGCACUCAGACCGGCGCGCGCAUGCCGGGCAGGCGCCCCUCCCGUCGAGCCGCGCACACACGCGCAACUAACCACCCCUAAUCAAUAUUCGCUCCCGGUCUUCGUUACGUACGACUUUUAUGGUUCUGUCAAUGAAACUGUGUCAAAUAUUUGGUGUCAGGAUGUGUUCAACAUUUUGCGGAUUUUUUCUUAUUUACGGCACGCUAGUGGUUUUAACUGGGAAUAUAUUAACAAUGUAUACCGUAAUGUAUCUGUUAAUGAAACUGUCGCAGUUUCAUACACAAUUUCGUCAAAAUUAUUUUCUAUUGUUGACAACAAAAUUGAAAACAAUAGAAAAAGAACCCUCAAAUCUGCAUCUUACCAUGAAGAAACUAUUAAAGUGAAAAGCAUUUUUGAAAGAUUGCUUCUACAAUUGCCUUCUACCGUUGCAGCCUUUGCCCUGAAAUCUAAAUUAUUAGAUACCUCAGCUGUCCGAAAUCUGGCACAAAAGUUAUUUGAGUCAACUGUUUUCAAUUUUGAAGGAUUAAAUGGAGGAAAUAAUUCUGAAGUCCCAAUAAAAUGUAUUAUAGCCGAAAAUCACUUUUUGAUACCACCGCACUCAAGGUAUUUUUGA